CCCAAACGUGAGAACCUUUCAUUUACCCAUUUUUAUUAUCAUCAUAUGAAUUUAUAAUUAUGAUCUUCCCAACUCGAAAACCCUUUCCUUUUCCCUUCUUCCUGUUCUAGCAAAAAAACAGAGGAGAGUAAUUUGAAGAAGAAAAAAGUGUAAAUAUCAUGUAUUCUGGUUCAUUUCUUUCUGGAUUUUAUUGUUGGGGAUGGGAAUUUUUAACUGCCCUUUUGCUUUUUAGUUCUUCUUCUUCCUUCUAAAUCUCCAAUCUUUGAUCUUUCUAGAUUAAAUUAGAGUAAUUUUAGGAAUUUUUUAUAUUUUAAUUAAAACAGGGGAAAACAGGGUGUGUUUUUAUAAAUUAAAUAGUUUAAUUAAUUAGUAAUAUAAAAAAAAUGGGGCAAAGGUCAUUGCCGGCGCCAUUUUUGACGAAGACGUAUGAGAUGGUAGAUGAUUCAAAUUCAGAUGAUGUGAUUUCAUGGGGUGAGAAAGGAACUACCUUUGUUGUUUGGAAAACUGCUGACUUUGCUAAGGAUUUGCUUCCUAAAUACUUCAAGCAUAAUAAUUUCUCUAGCUUCGUUCGCCAGCUUAACACCUAUGGAUUCCGCAAAAUUGUGCCGGACAAAUGGGAAUUUGCCAACGACAGCUUCAAGAGAGAACAGAAAGAACUCCUUUCAGAAAUACGCCGGCGGAAGGCAACACUCGCCGGUAAGAUUACCUCCACCGGUGGCGGUGGCGGUGGUGGUUCUCAGUCUGUUUCAGGGGACGACGCGGGGUCCACAUCCACCUCAUCACCGGGUUCUAUUGAGAUAGCGGAUUUAUCGGGGGAGAACGAGAAAUUGAGACGAGAUAACGAGAUGCUGAACUCGGAACUUGUUCAGACAAAGAAGCAAUGUGAAGAGCUAAUGGGCUUUCUUUCGGCCCAUUUCAAAGUGGGCCCUGAUCAGAUCAACCAUAUCCUACAGCAAGGAGUGGUGGUGGACAACGUUGCGCGUGGGUCCCGCAAAGAUGAGGUAGGUGGCGAGGAUGACUUUGGUGGUGUUGAUGAUGAUGAUGAUGAUGAUGAUGACGACGAUGAAGAUGGAGAUGAAAAAGAAGGUUUGAAAUUGUUUGGUGUUUGGUUGAAAGAAGUUGGUGAGGUGGAAAAUGGGAAGAAAAGAGGGAGAUGUUAUCAUUUUGAAGGGGACAAUAAAUCCAAUUUGGGCUUUAAUGCGGCCCAAUGUCGUCAAAAGGUUAUGAAAAUUCUUUGAAGAGUUGUGUGACGUGUUAUGUGGGUUAGUUUAAUAUUCGUGAUUUAGAAAUGUUUUACACAAGAAGAAAGGCUAAAAAAGGCAUGUAUAGUGUGCUUGUAUAAUUGUAUUUAUAAAGUUUGUUUGGUGAAACUUAUGAAGAACUAUUGCUAAUAUUAAUAAACUUGGAAACCUGCUUAAUGAUCGGA